GGCGGAGCGGCCGCCGCGGGCCGGACGCGCCCCGGUUACCGGGACAACGGCGUCGGCCGAGCCCGAGCGGCCCGGCACCCGCGGGCCCCGCCGGCCGCCCACCCAUGCCGCGGAAAGCGCUGCGCUGCGGUCUGCAGCUGGAGCUCCGCUCGAUAACUUGUCCUGGAGUGCAGCUGAAAGACAAACAGGAACUUUAUCUCAGUGUCUUUGUACUUGGGCAGUACCACAAAACUGAAUGUGUCCCUGCAGUGUUCCCACUCUUCUUUCAAGAAAAAUUGGUAUUUGAAAAGGAAUUUGCUAAUAUAGUUGAUCCUGGAGACCUUGUGAAGUUACUGGAGUUUGACACAGCAGUACUUGAACUAAUACAGCUCGUUCCUCCAGUGGGAAAAGUUCUAGCUACAUAUGAAGAAAAUACAAGAGAUUUCCUGUUCCCUGACCCUAAGCUUACCCAUGGGCACCGUGGUUUGCAGCGUGAGGUUUUAAUGAAGAGGUCCCCGUCUUUCACAGGAAUUGCACCAAAAUUGAGAUUUUCUACAACCUGCCUUAUUUCAGACAGUCUGUUAGUCUUAGGAAGGAGUCACAUACAGACUGGUAAGAACUGGGUGCGUCAUUCAAGCCUAAAUGGAAAAAUGCCCUCCAAGCUGGCGAAGCAAAGCCUUCCUUCAGCCGAGAGGGGCGGGCAGGGCUGGGCAGCCAGGAGCUACGAGCAGCCCACCAUCGCCUCCAAGUCGCGCUCGCCGUCCCCGUACACCAAGCGCCGCAUGUGCGAGCUCUCGGAGGAGGCCAGGCAGAGACUGGCCCACCUCAACCUGGGCCCUCACGAGUUCAGGAGAGACACUGACAGACCUCCCUUUGUCAUCAGACGGGUUGGACAACCAAGUCCUGGUGCUAAAAUUAAUUCCUGGUGUUCCCUGCGAGAAAGCACAGCAGAGGCCUGGCCCAAGGCACCCCAUGAUCCUUCUCCUCACGACAGCUACAGACCCAAGAAAACUGAAGCAAAAUCUAGUGGAAAAGGUUUGGACAGUAGUGCUGUUUGCAAGGAGCAUGUAAGCCCAGAUCCACCCAAGAGAGAGUGCCAUUCUGCUGCUUUGGAGCGUUCAGCACCUCCAGCAGUUCAGGAGUCUCCAAGUUCUGUGCUGAGUCGAUCUUCUCUGAGGGAAAGAUUUAGCACUGGUUGGCCUUCACCAACAAAUGGAGAUGAGAUCCAUAAAAGAGUGAAAAAUAUUUUAAGGACACACAGUGCUAGACAGCGCCUCAUAUUUGAUGAUUUGCCUCAGACAAGAGAACCUUCAGAUAAUAUACCCUUAACUGUGAGUGAGCUGCAGACCAGCUCUCCAGGGCAGCACAACACUCCUGUUCACUUGGAUAGUGGUGAAUGUUGGUCUGGUCCUGCAGCUGUGUACAAAGAGAAGCCUGCCAGAGCAAUCUUGGAGAAGAGUUUCGCAAAAAUAUACAGAGAGAUGUACGAAAAAACUGCUGGUGCUGUUUCAGGCCACAAAACACAUUCCUGAAAGCAACUCACCUGAAAACACACAGUAUACAGUAUUCCCAACUAAACCUAUUUUUAUACAACAA